GUGCUGGUAGUCUUGGAGCGAAAAUUGAUUGUUUUGAUGGCCGGUGGUAGUCACUUACAACAAAACAACAUACAUAUUGAAAAGUGUUUGAGCUGUUGGCCACUGUCAAACUGUGUCAUCGUUUUUAUAUUGUAUAAUGUUGGGAAACGAUGAUGACGAGCUGAUCAGUGCUAUAUUGAUCUACUAGACGGUUCGUGAGUAUCUGGCUUGCCCCUUUCCGGCCAUCUUGACUUGUCGACGGUUCUAAAGUGGAACUUUGGCAAAAAAAUAUUGUUUUUCCAAUAAUGACCUAAAAGGAAGAUCUUCUUUGAUUUUUCACGAGUUUCAAGGACCGGUAGGGAGUUCAUAUUGAUCAGCUGAAGAGAAAUACCAUCGGGAUAGUGUCUUUGGACUGUGAGAUCCAAAACCACGAUCAUGCGACCAAUCUCGAAUAGGAACUUUAUGCAGACUUCCUUCGAGUCUCUAUGAUGUGAGACAAGGAAUGGCUUCAAGUCCAAAGGAGGUACAAAAUGAGAAUGAAACUCAGAAUGAUGCAGAAAACACGCUUUCCGAUAGACAGGAUGGUACAAACCACAGUCGGUCCAACAGCGCUAUUUCUCUACCAGCUUGGCGAGUUGUGUUCUUGAGUUCUAAAGUGCGGCAUUCCACCGUUCUUAACUCGGCUGCUCGAUCAUCUGUUUUGUUCGUUCCCUACAAAUAUGACAGUUCAACGCUUGAAUCACUUCUAACUCAAGCUCAACAUAUUUUAGCUGGACGAAAAGCUGAAAGCAUUGCUUUCAUGGCUCACGGACAGGGAAGCAAUAUGUUCAUCUGUGCAAACGACGAUCAGGUAAUUUCACUGCAUGCUGUCAAAGAACUUAAAGAAUUGCAGAAUUUCUUCGUGGAAAUUGUCAAACUUUGUUUGGAUGUUGAUUCACCUGGUGCCCGUCUGGACUUCCUUGCUUGUCCGCUCUCUCACAGCAGUGAUGCAAAAGAAAUUGUGGAGAUGCUGGAAGGCUUAACACAAGUUGCAAUAGGGAUGACUAAGGAGACCAUGGGCACAGAUUUCAGGAUCAAAGGGGAUGAGUUAAAUAACUUACAUCCUGGGGAACUUUACUUCAAACAAGAAAAGAUGCGAGGAUGGUCUGGUGUACAGCAGCAAGACAUAAGCAACUUUGAAAGGAUUAGAACAGUAGGAAAAGGAGCAUAUGGUGCAGCUGUGCUUUACAGAAAAAAGGAUGAUGACUCACUUGUCAUCCUGAAGGAAAUAUCUCUGCAUGAUUUAACAGCAACUGAGAGGCAGAUGGCUAUGAAUGAGGCCAAAGUGUUGUCCAAGCUUAGUUUGCAUCCUAACAUCAUCAGCUACUAUGACAGUUUUGAAGUGGAUGGCACACUCAUGAUUGAAAUGGAGUAUGCUGAUGGAGGGACCCUGGCUCAGUACUUGUCAAGACUGGAAAAAGAUUUGGAAGAAAGAGAGAUCCUAUUGAUUUUUCAACAGAUGCUGUCUGCUUUGAAGUAUAUUCAUGUCAACAACAUCCUUCACAGGGAUCUAAAGACAGCCAACAUAUUCCUUACCAAGGAAGGUGUGGUCAAACUGGGUGACUUUGGUAUCAGUAAACAACUGGAGGGCUCUAAGGCAAACACAGUGCUGGGAACACCAUAUUAUAUUUCACCAGAAAUGUGUGAAGGUAAAGAAUACAAUCACAAGAGUGACAUUUGGGCCCUGGGCUGUAUUCUUUAUGAAAUGGCCAGUAGACAAAAAACAUUUGAAGGUUCCAACCUUCCAGCAUUGGUCAAUAAAAUCAUGAAGGGUCAGUUUGCUCCAAUAAGAGGGAAUUACAGUCCAGAGUUUAGAGCUAUGGUGGGAGACAUCCUUCAAAAAGAUCCAGACACAAGACCAGAUGUGGAAGUGUUAUUGCAUGAGCGACUCCCUCCGCUUAUGAAAAGGUUUGAAGACACUAGUGAGGAUGAGCUGGGAAGCUCCAUUGACCAAAGCCGUAAAGUAAAAAGAAGAACCCUUCUGUAUUACCUGGACUUGUUAUAUACCAACAUGUGUCCAAUUGAAAUUCCUGCCAAGGGGCAACUGAGAGAGGUUUCUGUUGGCAGUUCUCAUAUUGCUAUGGUAACAAUGGAACAUGCAGUAUACACAUGGGGCAGUAACUGCUGUGGACAGCUUGGUCAUGGAGAUACUUGCAGUCAAGACAAACCCACACAAGUAGAAGCACUCAAAGCUAAAACUAUUUGGAGAGUUAGCUGUGGAGAUAAAUUCACGGUGUUUGUAACAGACAAUGGUAUUGUGAUGACGUGUGGGCAGGGUGAACUCGGCUGUUUGGGGCAUGGAGACUGGUCCAGUUCAUCCAAACCAAAGUUGAUUGAAGCGUUGUUGAGUUUUGAUGUGACAUCUGUCAGCUGCGGCAAUGCUCAUGUUGCCGUGGUAACCAGUGAUGGUAUGGUGUUCUCAUGGGGCUGUGGAGAAGAUGGGAGACUGGGUCUGGGAGACGAAGAUAAUCGCUGCAUUCCCACAGAGGUGACAGCGAUAGAUGACACCGUGUCUAUAAAACAGGUCAGGUGCGGUUAUGAUGGAACAAUGUUUCUCACUGAUACAGGGGCCCUUCUCGCUUGUGGCAGCAAUGCAAACAACAAGCUUGGACUUAACAACCGCCAGGGAUUCCUUAUGCAGAUGAAGAACCUCCUAAAUAAGGUUCAGGUUGAUGGCAAGAAUGUUCCUACAGCUGUCAAAGUGUUAUCCAAGCACCGCGUGCUUGAUGUAUCUUUGGGUCCCGCCCACAGUGCAGCGCUUGUAGAGCCUGGUUUGGUUUACACGUUUGGCGACAAUCAGUAUGGGCAGCUUGCCUGCAACAACUGUAAACCUCGAGAGGUACCAGCCAUUGUUAAGGCUUUAGAGGAAAAGACGACCACGAUGAUUUUUUGCGGCAAAGGCUUCACGCUGGCCGGAACGAAUGAUAACGACUUGUAUUUCUGGGGAACGAGACCCGCUGAUUACAGACGCAGUCAGAGUGAGAGUGGAGAGAAGACGGAUACUGAAGGAAGCUGCAAGAGACAUAUGCGAAAUCCCAGCGGAAGCUUGAGUAUCGGUAGCGCUGACAGCUUGGAAAUUUCUACUGGGAAUAAGAGCGAUCAUAACAGCGGAAACCAAUCAUCUCUAUCAAAAGAUACAAAGAAAAGAAGAGAAGGCGUGCUUGAAAAUUCAAGCUCGUCAAGACUCGAACGGGGCAGAAAAGAGGGCAUGCAGGAAGGAUUCUCGAUGCCACAGUCUUACAAGAAAAGGAAGGACGGAGUUCAAGAAGACCUUAAUGGCAGCAGUGCUAGUUUGAUGCAGAAAUCAGUUGACGGAGUAUUUUCUGAUGGUGACUGUGGAUCAAAGGAAGACCCGUGUAUAAACUACAUAAGGAACGCCUCUCGAAGAGGACAGCUGAGCGACCAAACUUUUGCCGCGGGUUUUUUGCGAAUCAGCGACAAUGAUACAAUGCCUUCGCCUGUGCGAUUGUUUCACUGGGACACCUACAGCAUGUACGGAGCGGGGCAAGAGCACGAAUUUCCUGUCUACUUGUUGGACGUUAAUGGUUUUUCCGUCAACGUUUUCGUACAGAUAGAAACAACAGCACCACUUCCUUCCAAGCGGAGAUCAAAGAAGAGAUCAUCGAAGAAAGCCAGUGAAAGACGCCUCUCUAAACAAGCUUCAGUCUCUGAUAGUAUUUCUGGUAACACCCGUGGACCUGCUGGUCUGGACUCCUCAAUGGGAUCAAGCUCAUCGGAACUGGACACCACGUUGGGAGAGGCCCCCACGUGGCUGAAAAAUGAACUCAAAGAAGGAAUCAUACGCGUCGGUGAAGAUCGUGAUGACUCAGAGGAUGAGGAAGGUGACAGCGAAGAAGCAGACAGUGAAACAGAAGAAACUGACAAUGGUUUGGACAGAGAGAAAUCAAAACUGACGGUAGCAUCAGCGGUGGAAAAUGCAUCAGACAGUGACAAGAAUUCCAAGAGCGCCACAAAAAAGCUGGCAGAAAAGGUGGAACGAUUUAAGCAGAGUCGAAAGUCUCACUCGGAGACAAGGAUUGUUGGUGGUGUUGCUAUAAACACUGUGGGUAACAACACUCCUUUGAGUGUACAGUCGAGUGCUGUGUCGGUGAAAUCUGAAUCAGAACUGGACAAUAUACAAAACAAGGAAACUGGCUCCGAAUCUACCAAGCGGACUAAACCCACCUCUAAAGAGUCAUUAAACUUGUCCAAAGUGUUUCCUCGGCCCGCUAGUAGUCCAGUGACCUCAAAACACAAGCGUUCCUCAUCGGAUGGAAUGAUCAUUGAUGAAAAAACGAGGACAACCUCUGACUCUGGAGUAGAGUUAACACCUGUUGAAAAGUUUAACAGCUCAAGUGAAGGGUCAGGCAGCACGGCAAGUGGCUCCCGAAAAACUUCGUUAGACGUGCGAACUCCGAAGAAGAGCACUGGGAGCAUGUCGCCCCAGGCUCCUCGCUCUCCAAGAGUCAGCGACAGGCAAACAAGCGUGAAUAAAUCCGUAGAUCGACAUCUGGAGCACAGGAGACCCGCCGGUAGGGCGCGUUAUGGUCAGGGUCCAUUCAGGAAAGGAGGGGCCGGUCGUUCGACCGAUGACAAGAAAAUGGCAACGAGUGAUGCUCGAUCGGCUCUCUCUCGGCGGGAACAGGCCGUUUUGGAAGAGUUGCGCCGCGAAUCUGCUGCAAAACACGCUUCUCUCCAAGAAGAAAUCGAUAGACUAAAACUUGAGAAGGAUGAGAACGAAAGACGAUUACAAGAGCUACACAGGAAAGAACUGGAAGUGGCGGAGAAAGCCUGGGGCGAGCAAGAGAAAGAGGCAAAGGAAAGAGAGGAGAAGUUGUCUCACGAAGUUCUUAAUCUCAAAAUGGAAUUAUCGAAGCAAUUCGAUAAACUUCAAGAUAACUACAACGUGGUGUUGUCGCUACAGGAGCAGUUGGCUCGAAUGCAGCAGGAGCAGCUGAGACAGCAGGCAAAAGAGAAGCGUCAAAAUUCAGCACGACAGAAACCCAUGGCCAAGAGCUCUGUAUGUGGAGUGAUGUGAAGUGUCCCGUGCUACGUGACAACGCAUCUUUUCCUCGUGACCAAGAUCUUCAGAAUACCGAUAAAUGCCACAGAGUUGUGUCCAUAGAGCUUCAAGCACUGUGUUAGCCAAGGAGACCACCGUGAAGAGCUGUGUUUUACAUUUUAACUUUCCUAGUGAAGCGCUAUGUGAUGAUAUCGUUUUAGGCUGAGUUGGUAGAAGAGUAAUGGUUUGAGAUCGGCCUUUGGCUUCAUAUGAAAAAUAUUUUCCCUUCUAAAAGGGUACAAUUAAAUUAAAUUUAAGCUAAUACUUAGAGCAAUAUAAAGUAUGAAUGUCAGUUGUGCUCGGUGUCGGGCAAAAAUUUGUACUAAAGAGAGAAGUAUGCUUCACAAUUUUGUAAACAUUUUUGAGUGGUCUGACGUAGAUGUUUCCAUUUAUGGUUCACACCAUUUUCCUAUGAAGUAUGAUUGAAUUAUCAUAGAGUAAUAGAGCAACAUGUAAUUGAAUGUUAUAAGUAAUCUGGGAUUGCUUUGGUUCGGCUUGACUUGUUCUAUGAUUGAUGCAGAAAACUCACGCCACUUUCUAAACCAAUCAGAUUUAAAACUAAAACUAAUCGCAACUUGGUCAGUCGCAUUUUCCCGCGCUUUACGCAGUUUGAAUGUAUCCUUAUUGGCUCGCUGCGAUAUAUAUAUAUAUAUUUCUUUUUUAUUCGCUGUUGUGAUUACUUUGGUUUCGGUUUUACGACACUCAAUCGUAAUCAGCGCUAUUUAUAGUGGCUUUGAGACUUUCUUGAUUAGAUUUUGUUGGAAAAAUUGGCAUAAUUUCUUCAGAAGAGGGAAGACAUUUAUCUUUCUUCCAAGAAUGUCUCAAAACACUUCUUAAAUGAGUUUUUCCUUGAAAGAGGCGUCCACUAAUAUCUUUCAAAGUAUUUAAUAAUGAAACUGAAGUUACUGCUGGGCAGUUAAUCUUCUUAUGGCUUUAAAGAUUGAGAAAUAUCAAGAUAAGAAUAAUUUUUGCUUAGUUCUCUUGUAAGCCUGCUUCUAAGACCAUCUGUGUCAGAACGGGCACAUUUUUAUCGGCGAAAGCUUUUUUUAAGAAAAUUAUAGUUAAGCAUCUAAUAAAGCCUAGUCAUGUACAAUUUAAGGCGUUCGGUCAAAAGAUUAUUCUUGAUAGCCCAAAUUUAGGUCUGACUGGCAGAGCAAACUGAGAUGAAUUGUGGUAAAGAGGAGGGGGCCUGGUAAGUAAGUGGGUAGUUUUCGUCUAAUGGCUGAAUGCAAGUCCAGAGAUCAGCCUUUGGAAGGGUUACGAGUCGAGUAGCGCUUUAGAGCUCUAUUCUGUGUGUCCAAGUAAAAAUAUUCGUUUCCCUGAUAUGUACUUUAUUAAGUCAACCCUUUAACACCCCGAGAUAACUGUCAUUUGAUUUCUCAAUGCGGUCCCAAUGUAAAGAUCGAAUUCUCCUCUCUAAUUCAGAAUGACUUGGUAGAAUUGUCAGUUGGUAGAAUUACUGAUUGGAUCUUGAGAGUGAAUGGGUUGAAAAGGACAGAAAAACGUUUCGGACCUUCUUUCUAUCAGCUUUACAUAAUGUACAUGGUUUCUUUUGUGGGUACUAUUUUAAAAGGAAAGGCACACUCUACGCUCUUAGUAUGGUAAAACUAUCUUACAGGUAAAUUAUUGCAGUGCAAUCUGCCGAAAGCAAAGUAUUUUUCGCAUUUGUACAAAUUGCCUUUAAAUAAAUGCAACGUACUUCUGUAUAAAA